AUGAGAGUUUAUCAGUGUCAUUUUUGCUCAUCACCAGUAUACCCACUUCAUGGAAUAACAUUUGUGCGUAACGAUGCCAAAGAAUUCAGAUUCUGUCGUUCCAAAUGUCACAAAGCUUUCAAACAACGUCGUAAUCCACGUAAAUUGAGAUGGACCAAAGCUUUCAGAAAGGCUGCUGGUAAGGAAUUGGUGGUUGAUUCUACUUUAACUUUUGCUGCCAGAAGAAACGUUCCAGUUAGAUAUAACAGAGAUCUUGUGGCUACUACAUUGAAAGGUAUGAGUAGAAUAGAAGAGAUUAGACAAAAGAGAGAACGUGCAUUCUAUAAGAAUAGAAUGAAGGACAAUAAGGAAAGAGAUUUUGCUUCUGAUAAGAAAUUAGUGGAAGAGAAUCCAGAAUUGUUGAGAUUGAGAGAAGUUGAAUUAAGAAGAAAGGCUGAGAAACGGGCAUCUAAAGAGAACGCAAUGGAAGAGGAAGAAGAAGAAGAAGAUGUUGAGGAGGAUGAAGAGAUGGUUAGCGAAGAUGAAGAAAUGGAAAGUGAAAGUGAAAGUGAAGGUGAAGGUGAAGAAGAAACUGAAAAGGUUAAACAGAAAGUAUUGUUGAAGAACAAGAGAAAGACAAGAAGAUAA